AUGAAGACACGGAACGUUAGCCCCGCAGUCAUCCGGUUCGACCUGACUAUGGCUGUGACUGUUGUUAAACACAGACGUGCUGUGAACAUCUCAAUCUCCUCCGACUGUGAACUGGACAUUUAUCACAGUUACAGUGUGCACUGUGAACCUGAGGGCUUCUUCAUUCAGCCUGAGAGUAAAACAUUUGAUUCCAGGUUUGGACCAAACUACUACCCGGCAUUUCUAGUUUCCCUGACGACGAGCACAGAGAGAGUGGUUUUGAAGGUCAAGGACCAAGGUGGAAAUGUAGUCUGGUAUUGUCGCGUGUCACUUGAAGAUCCAAGGAAGGAAUUGUCCCAGAGAAAUGUCCAAGAGAGCAGAGUCUCAGCAGAGAGCAGAGACCCAGCAGAGAGCAGCGUCUCAGCAGAGAGCAGAGUCCCAGCAGAGAGCAGCGUCCCAGCAGACCAGAGGCUGUUCUCAGUUCGGACAGAGUUCAUUCAAAGAGUGACUCCAACUCUCCUGAUCGACCUUCUGGAUAAACUCUUUGAGUCUGGAGUGAUCACCGAAUCUGAAAUGACGUCGGCCAGAACAAAACCCCAAAAUGGCGGAGCACGAGAGGUGGUGGACGCGGUGCGAAAUAAAGGAGCUGAAGCCAGCAGGGUUCUGAUCAAUGCUCUCCGUGAGCUGGACCCGUAUCUUUACAGAAAGCUCAACUUGAGCUGAGGAAAAACCUUGUGGAGUGUGUGUGACAGUUGAAGUCUAGUCCUCUGUUUUGUUACCUGUACAUUUUCCCCCUUGUCCUUGAAGGUAACACAGAUUCUGAGCGAAGGCCACUUUCGUUCUCUCUUUUCUCCUGGACUCCCUCCUGAGAGCAGCAACCCGUAUUUUUUUUCAAGUAAAUGUUUACUUUAUUACAUACAAUACUUUAAUUUACCAGCAUCCAUUUCAUCCUUUCACAUUUUUGUCAGGCAUAGGAGCCGGGUUAUGACAAAAAUAAGGGCUUGUUCUUAUUUUACCAAUUAGUACUGACUGCUGGGUAAGAUUUGGGAUUUUGGGGCAUUUGGUACCUAGGCAUGCGAUUUGGAGUUUUAUUUGUUUUGUAUUAUCAAACUGUAAAAACCUGUACCUGUUUGUGCUGGUGAAUGUAAAUAUAAUAUACUUAGGUAGUGAAUUAAACCCAGUGGUGUUCAGUAACUAAGUACAUUUACUCAAGUAUUGUACUUAAGUACAAUUCUGAAGUACUUAUACUUUACUUCAGUAACUCAAUAUUUUUGCUACUUUGUACUUCUACCCAGUAGCGGCUGGCCCAUAGGGGGCGAUAGGGCGCCGCCCUCCCUAAACCCAAGCCCCCAGGAAGUGCUCCGGACUCUCAAAAUGUGUUGUGUCCAAACGGCGGUACUGCAACUUCCGUAUCAGUCCGUGAC